UGGAGCUGGCGUUUCCAUGACCUGUGAUACCGGUCCUGCGUUUAAGCCCAGGGGUUUCGCACUCUAAUCCAAGACAGGUUCAAGCUACCGGCCCCCUGAGUUCCUGCGAUUGUUUGGCAGUUGAGUUGGCUUACCAUGGUGGACGUGCGUCUGAAGACACUGCUGGUGCUGUUGGUGCUCUCACUGUAUGUGCGCGCCUCCAAGUACCAGGCCGAGACCGAGGACAACGACUUUGCCGACUUUGAGGAGUUUGACGACGACGAGUUCGAAAAGCCAUACCAGACCAAGGAGGAGCCGCGGGAGCCAGAGAGGAAGACAACUCCUAGUCCUGUACAGGAUGCAGUAUUGGACGACGACGACGGGCUGGUGGAGACAGAAGAUGAAUUUGAACAUUUUCAAGAUGAGGAGGAGUUUGAGGGCUUUGAAUCCGCAUCGCCAAGUCAAGGCAGCAAGGAGCAGCCGAAAAUAACGAUCGCGAAUGUUCCUGUCCAUCGCUCCACCAACUGGGACAAGUUCUACGUGGAGAUGCUGAUGAUUGCUGGCAUCGUUGUCUACUUCAUCAACUUCGUGUCCGGGAAGACUCGGAACCAGAAGCUGGCGAAUGCCUGGCUGGCCGCCCACAAGCCACUGCUGGAGAGCAACUUUUCACUAGUCGGGGACGACGGUAAGGCGGAGCCGGGCGGCGGCGCCCUGCUGAAAGAGUCUGAGAACACGUACACGCUCUGGUGCAGCGGCCGCGUCUGCUGCGAAGGCAUGCUCGUGCAGCUCAAAUUCCUCAAGCGUCAGGACCUUGUGUCUGUCAUGUCCACCAUGAUGAAGUCUGCCUCAGACCAAGUAGAAAUAAAGGUCACGAUGAAUCCGGAGGAGAUGGACACCUUUGUGUUUUGCUUAGCCAGCAAGAAGUCGGCGGCCAAGCUGGCCAAGGAGAUGACCGAUCUGAACACGUACUGUCCGGAGCGGAAGUCGGCAGAGCGGCACGGCCUGCCAGCGCACUUCUCGCUCAUGUCAGAGAUCCACGAGGCGACGGCGGCGGUGCUGGACUCGCGCGUCACGGCCGUCGUCAACAAGUACCCCGACCUGGUGGACUUCAUUCACGUGUCCGAUCAGUACUCGGGGCCGAAGCAGAUCGACGACUCGGCGCCAGUGGAGCCGCCCAAGGUGCGGCCGACGCUGGCGUUCGGCUUCAACCUGCCGGGCCGCGGCCGCCUGCUGCCAGCCGACGUCGAGACGGUGCGGCCGCUCAUGCAGCUCGUGCUCUACAUGGUGGACCGCAUGAAGCGCUGCAAGCUCGGCAGGGAGGCUCGACUGAAGGCGGAGAAGAACCGACUGCGCGUGCAGGAGGCGUACCUGAAGCAGACGCACCAGUCGCGCGCCGAGAAGGCGCAGGCCAAGCGCGAGGAGAAGCGCCGCCUGGAGAAGGAGCGCAUCAUGGAGGAGGAGGACCCCGAGAAGCAGCGCCGCCUCGAGGAGAAGACCGAGAAGCGCGAGGCCAAGCGACGCGCCCAGAUGCGCCAGAUGAAGGUGAAGGCGCUGUGAGAGGCGCCGCCUUCGGUCGGCUGCCGUGCUGGCCGGCCGGUCCUGCCCGCCGCGCUGGUGUG